GGAAGUCGUCACGGGAGUUUUCCAUGUUGUGGAGGUCAAGUACAAUUUCAGUUGUAAAGACCCAGUGAACAUCGUAUCAUCAUGGUGAAGAAAAAGCGUGUCCGCUUGAUUGCUGAGAUGGCCCGAAAGGUCCGUGCAUACCGUGCGCUGAAGAAUCAGCCUCGAGAGUCUCAGAAGUAUGCACUGGACUACAACACCAUGACACGGCCACACACUGGCAAGAUCCUACCCAUCCUUGCCUGGCAGGAUGUGCGGAGGGAGAACCGUCUCUUCUCCCUGCUGUCCGGUCUCAGGCUGUUUGGGGUGGGCCGUUUGUUCACACGCAAAUCUUGGCUGACGGAGCACCCUGGAGCCCCCAGUUACUGGCAGGUCACUAAGGUCAAGGUGGACUAUACCGCUGAGAACAUGGACCACGGCAGAGCAUGGGGAAUCCUGACCCACAAAGGCAAGCAGGUGUCUGAAGUGAAAGAGAUUGAUAAGGUGAUGUACCACGACUGGCGGCUAGUGCCCAAGCACGAAGAGGAGCAGUUCAAACUCUACUACCCUGUUCCUGAGACCCCCACACGCUAUGUGUCGUACCCGCCCCUGCUCCGUGCCAUGAUCCUCGCCCAGAGGCAGAAGGCUGGGCUUGGGAAGUUAGCUGAGGAGCCAAUCUUACCCCUAAAGCGGGAUGUCCUGCUCAGCAAAGACUACUUCCGCAACCGGGAGAAAGAAAGGGAGAGAGAGGAGGGGACAGCUGUGUGAGGGGAGUCAUGUGAAGAGGGAAGUGGGUGAACGGAUACCUGCAGAGGAGUGUGAUUUCUUGGAUGCUAUCGUCCACCUUUUGUCUCAUAUUGAAUGGGUGUAGGCAUGCAUGAAAGAGUUUUGACUAUAUGCUUUCAGCUAGUUCAGAGAAUUAAACUGUGGCUAUUGCCUUUUUACAUUCAUGAGCUAUGACCUUUUUGCAUUCAUAUGAGCCUACUUUUAGAAUUAAUUGGAUGGUUUUGUGACAACACUUGCAGUAUAGUUUUCACAACUGGCACUUGUCCGUUAUCCAGAUGUCUGUUUGAAUUGUAAAUAUUAAAAAAAAA